AUGGUAAAGAUAUUUCUGAUCACUGUUUUUGAAGUUCAACCUCUCCCGCUAUAUGCAUUCUAUCUUCUAGACGUGGAACUAAAAGACGUGGACUACGCAUCAAAGGAGAAAAUUGGAUCGCUUGAAGCUGAAGCGAUCUCAAGAGUCGGAGAAGACUGGAAAAAAAAGAUACACACGCGAUGUAGUAAUCUACUCAUUGUGGAUAGCUGCGAGCACCCGGUGUUCUUGGAACAGCCUGUCAACUUCCUGCACCGAACUGUACGGGGCUUUCUCAGAGACCAGUACAUUCGCCAACUUGAGGCGGUGGUAAACACUCAUUUCGUGCCACCAAUAUCCCUCUGCCGCAUUUUCUUGUUCUUUCUAAAGAAGCAGUAUCAGCAUAACCUCAACACCAAACGGCAAUACAACAGCAUGAUGGGACUCGUGGAUGAGCUUCUCUACUGCGCGCGUGAGGCAGAAAACCAUGAGCUGUACGAACACCAACACGCCUCUCCUGUUGCAGACAUAUUGGAUCAGGUUGAUGCAGUCAAUACCUUGCUCAUGAAGAAGUCAAGAGCGGUAAGGAAUCAUUGGAUACAUGCCAGAGACCCUCCAGCACCUCGAGGACUUGGUGAAUACAAUGAGGGGCAUCGCCAUAACUGGAUCGCUUUGACUAUACAAGCGAGAUUGGUCAAGUACAUGAGGGAUAUUGGAGGCAAAGGGUGGCCUGCCGCCAAAGAGUGGCCGGCCACUGCUUGA